GACGUUGCAUAUUUACAUAAUAAGGCGGUUUCUGACGCAGGAAGAACAUGGCGCAAGAAAGAAACACUGAUAUUGUGAAGUGUCCUGUAUGUUUAUGGGAUUUUGAAGCUACGAUUAUCAAUUCUCACUUGGACAGUUGUUUACAGCAGUCAGAACUAAAUGACCAAAUACAAGAAACCGAUCGAAAUAUUGAUGACACCGCACCACCCUGCAAGAAAACGCGCAUUUCAUCGACUGAAGCUGGUAGUGCCUUUGAAUUAAAUAAUGCGAACAGUAAGAAGUUGGCACUAGAAACCUGUGCCCCAGAGGCGAAGGAGAGUCGCGGUGGUGACCCUCACUCCUCCACCGUGUUUCCACUUUUUCAGAAAAGCAAACCGACAAGCUCUCGUGAAAGUGACUCGAAAAUAUUUUUCUCAAGCAAACCUGGGAACUUGGGGAAAACAACAACUGGGACAGAAUCAGUUAUGAAUAAUAAAGGCAUGAAGAGAAGCACCCCAAACGAUAAGAUGACAUUAAUCUAUUCUCCUAACCCAGGGUCUGCUAAUGGUACCCCUAACCUGGCCCAGCCUACGCAGACAGGCACUCUAGACAAAUUGUUUGACAGCAAACCUUUAGCAGAAAAAAUGAGGCCAAAUACUUUAGAGUAUUACUUUGGACAAAAUAAAGUUUUGGGAGAGAAUACCAUGCUCAGGUCCCUUGUGGAAACACAUGACAUUCCAUCAUUAUUACUGUGGGGGCCACCUGGAUGUGGCAAGACAACCCUGGCUCACAUUAUCGCCAGCAACAGUAAAAAUAGCAGCAACAGCAGGUUUGUGGCUCUCUCAGCCACCAGUGCAUCAACCAGUGAUGUGCGGGAGGUAAUCAAGCAAUCCCAGAAUGAGCUGCGGCUCUUCAAGAGAAAAACCAUCCUGUUCAUCGACGAAAUUCACCGCUUUAACAAGUCACAGCAGGACACCUUCCUACCUCACGUUGAAUGCGGCACGAUUACCCUGAUCGGGGCAACGACGGAAAACCCUUCGUUUCAGGUGAACGCAGCCCUGCUGAGCCGCUGUUCUGUCAUUGUCCUGGAGAAGCUCUCCGUUGAGGCGAUGGAGACUAUUCUGAUCCGGGCAGUCCACUCUCUCGGUAUCCGAGUGCUGGGAGAGGAGGAAGACGUGGUCGGCUCUUUGGAUAGCAGUAGCAGCUCUGAACCACAGGUUUACAUUGAGCAGAAAGCUGUCCGCACCAUUGCACACCUGUGUGACGGAGAUGCAAGAACUGGGCUAAACGGAUUACAGCUUGCUGUCCAAACGAGAAUAAAUGCAGCAAAACUAGGCCACUUGAAGCUUGAGAAGACCUCUCAGACCAUUCUAAUUGAGGAAGAUCAUGUCAAAGAAGGGUUGCAGAGAUCACACAUACUGUAUGACAAGGCUGGUGAAGAACAUUACAACUGCAUCUCUGCACUACACAAGUCCAUGCGGGGCUCUGAUGAGAAUGCUUCCCUCUACUGGUUGGGGCGCAUGCUUGAAGGUGGCGAAGACCCCCUGUAUGUUGCUAGAAGACUUGUGAGGUUUGCAAGUGAAGAUGUAGGAAUGGCAGAUCCAAUGGCCUUAACCCAGGCGGUUUCUGCUUUUCAAGCCAGUCAUUUUAUAGGGAUGCCGGAGUGUGAGGUGAUUUUGGCACAAUGUGUUGUUUACCUAGCCAGAGCCCCUAAGUCAGUUGAUGUUUACAAAGCUUAUGAUAAUGUAAAGGCGUGCUUAAGGACUCACAAAGGACCACUGCCUUCUGUCCCUCUGCACCUAAGGAACGCCCCCACCAAACUCAUGAAGGACCUUGGCUAUGCGAAAGGCUACAAGUACAACCCAGCCUUCAGUGAACCUGUGGAACAGGAUUACCUGCCAGAAGAGUUGAAGGGAAUACAUUUCUUUACGUAUGCAGCAAAUAACUGAACACAAGUGUGUACUUAACAUAUUGCAAUACUUAAUAUUUUGUGUAAACGUAAGUUUCUACUUAUAUGCUAACUGCAAUCAGCCUUUUAUUGAAUAUAAUAAAAUUUUAUGUUAGACAGAUAUUUGAAAAUUAACCUGCAACUGUAGAGUUGAUGCAACAAGUUUUGAAAUCAUGAUUUCAUGCCCGACAGGGUCUUGGCUCUGGUUAUAAGAUGAAGCCAUGCCAAAUAUGGGAAGUGUGUUCCACGUGCUUUUCAUGCGCGAUGAAAAAGACAUCUUCAGAUGCAAAGGUCACCUUGAGGUGGCAUAACAGUCUCUGCAGCCGCUGGACUGAGAUCAGGCAGUAUCCUGUUUUUAAACAGACUCGGCUUUGCCGUUGGCAUCCCUUGGUUAAUCCUGCUGCACUCAGAAACUAUUUACAAAGCACAGACACAUUUUAAUGUAUAUAUGUUUACUUUCUACCAGCUCAUUAAAAACUUGCUUAAUCAAACAAUGCAGCAUGAAACUAAUUUCUGUUCUGUACAGUAUUCUGAACAUUGAUUCAUUAAAAGAACUGUAUUCAGUGAUCGAUAAUCUUUGUUGAAGAAAAAAGUGAAAGCUUUAUUUUGUAAAGUGUAAUGUUUAAAAUUAUAUAUGCACAUUAUGUAUGUUUUGUUUC